ACAACAACAAAACCUCAACUAACAAAAAACUGAGAUAAAAAUUCGACUAGAUUUGUUUAUAACUUUUUUAUAUACGUAAAUAAAUCGGUUACUCGUGCGCUAUAUUUAAGCCCUCUCUCUUUUUGUGGGAAAAAUAAAGAGUUUUGUUUUAACGAAAAGAGUGUAACAGUUUAACCUUUAAACAUUUCAAAUUUUUAAAGGCGCCUUACACUUGGCAAAUUAUUAUGAUUUCUUUUUCCAAUCUCUAAAUGAGAAAUCGCAACAAUUGGAAUUUACGGAUUCGCAUUGGGUGGCUUCUACACACACUUACAUUCUAGCAAAAAUACACCACCCUCCUCCCAAAACUCUCUUGUCAAGCAAAAAGAAAAAAACACAACCACUCUCACUCACCAUCAUCCUCAGCAAAUAUACUGGGGGUAUCACUGCUUCUGCUGCUUGCUACUCAAUAAUAAAGAUUGUGACCGUUAACACAAUCUGGAAAACAAAAACGCAAAUCGAGUCUGGUAGUCAAGUGUUUCAGUCUCAGUCGAAAAUCAGAUUCAUUUUGUUUGUGGCAGAGUGUUGCAGAUGGUGGCCACUAGAGCAGUGAUUAAUUUUACAGUUAGUCCGCAACAAGAUGCCAAACCAACAAUAACCAAAAACCAAAAAAGCUCUUAAAAAACACAAAAGAUUUUUAGUAAAUCUAAAUAGAUAAAAUAAAAAAAGAAAAAUACAAUCUCUAAAAGAAAUACCGACGUGAGUGUUAAAAAAGUGCAACAAAUAUUUCCCAAAAAAAUAAAAAAAAUUAACUAAAAAUUUUAUUUAAAGCAGUGAUGUUUUUAAAAGCUUCAUAAUAAAAUAAAAAUUUAAACAAAAUUCUUAUUGUAAUUCAAAAUUGUGAUAAAAAAUUCCUAAAAAAAAAUUAAAAUUUCUUUGCAAAAUUAAACAACAUGGAUAUUAAACCUUGUAUAACAACCUCAACAUCCUCUACUCCAGCACAACAAACUCUGGUUAAUUGUUCUUCCGCUACCACCUCGAAUUCAUCAACUUGUAAUACUUCAACAACUGCUAAUAAUAGCACACAUUUACCUCUAGACUAUAGUUUGGGUAAUUUUAAACCCGCCAUUGCUUCCGAUUUUCCGGGACCCUAUGUCAGUUCCGCACAACCUGCCAUACAAUUACGCGAUAUAAGUGUUUUAACUACCAUGGCCGCUACCAUACCCUCGCCCACACAAUUGUUGCAACAUCGGGUGCAACAGCAACAUACAACGGCCACGGAUAGUCAUCAUCAGCAGCAACAACAACAACAUCACCAGCAGCAGGAUUAUCAACCUGUAUCGGCAUUUAAGGCAGUGUUGCCAAAAAAGAAAAAUACCGACGAUGAACUGGCUUUCAGCAUCAAUCGUCUAGUCAAGACUGAACAUUUGCAGGCUCACACGGCAGCCGUAGCUGCAGCAGCAGCGGCGGCCGCUGCCGUGGCUGCCUCCAACAAUCAUGCCCCCACAGCAGCCACCAAACUGCUAAUGGAGGAAACCAAUAACAAUAGUAUAUCAAUGUUGAGUAAAAAUCAUAUUUUACAAUGGAAAUUGGAAAAUAAUGCGGGUCUGCAGCAGCCGCUCAACGCCUUAGAAGCCGAACGUCUGUACGAAAGAGCAUCACGUUCGCGAUCACGCAGUCUGUCACGUUCUUCCUCCUCACAAAUUGAUCUAGACGAUGAUAGUAAUUGUCGGCGUUCAUUGCAAUCGCGCUCUAGAUCACGCUCCAGUUCGGUGGAAUUAGAGGUAGACUCUCCGCCAGCCUCUCCCAUACCCCGUAGACAUAUAUCGCGGCCCUCUAGUGUUACGAAUGGCAGUAGUAAUAAUAUCAACAGUGAUUUGUUAAUGCACAGUCGAACAAGUCCCAAAAAGUCUGAAAUGUUUUCGGUGUCUGCUUUGCUGAGGAAAGAUGAUCCCCAAAAAUCGUCUGGAUUAAUACAUCAUCCCAAUACAGAUCCCUUUGAGGCUUUAAGGCAGGCCUAUCCCACCAACUAUGAGCCCGCCAUGUUUCAAAGACCUUUUCUAUCGCCUGCCUUUCCCUUCUUUGCUGCAUUUGCCUUUCAUCAGGGCCAACAGCAGCAAUCUGGUUUAGCCUCUAGUUAUCAUCCUGCCUCCCAAGAAGAUCUCUUUAGAUUGCGUAAUUUAAUGGUGCCUCUACAAUCAGCCCAAAAUGGUGCUGCACCCAAUGCUGUGUCAUCAGCUGGUGGUCAUGCUACUAAUGGUUUACCGCCAAAUUCUCAUUUGGGCCUGCCACAUCCCUCCCAUUUACAUUUUCACCAUAUGGCCGCUAAAUGGUCGGGUUUGCCACAAUUCAGUGACCUCUACUCAUGCAUGAAAUGCGAGAAAAUGUUCUCUACCCCUCAUGGCCUGGAGGUACAUUCCAGACGGACACAUCAUGGCAAAAAACCCUAUGCCUGUGAAUUGUGCAACAAGACCUUUGGUCAUGAAGUUAGUUUAAGUCAACACAGGGCUGUUCAUAAUGUUGAAAAAGUUUUCGAAUGCAAACAAUGUGGCAAACGUUUUAAACGUUCCAGCACAUUGUCAACGCAUCUUUUAAUACACAGUGAUACUAGACCCUUCCCCUGCAGCUAUUGUGGCAAACGUUUCCACCAAAAGAGUGAUAUGAAAAAACAUACUUAUAUACAUACAGGUGAAAAACCACACAAGUGCCAAGUUUGCGGUAAAGCUUUCAGUCAAAGUUCCAACCUCAUCACCCACUCACGCAAACACACCGGCUACAAACCGUUCUCCUGUAAACUGUGCCACAAAGCAUUUCAACGUAAAGUCGAUUUGAGGCGACACAAAGAGACGCAGCAUACAAAUCUGGGUCCCUUAAUUGAACGCAAUAUGGGUAAGGUGGAAUUUUUGGCGGCAGCAGCUGCCUCAGCGGCCGCAGUCGCCGCUGAUGGUGGCAGUCAUAUGCAAAAUGGUGGCGGUAUGGCGACAGCUUCAACGGGACCGCCUAAUGGCAAUGCUGCCUUAAAUGCUCAGCUGACUGCCAUGAAUUGUCAGAAAGUUUCGCUGUUGGUAUAACAUCAGCAACAUCAGCAGGAACAAGAAUUUACUCAGCAUCAUCAGCCUCAUCUACCACUAUCUUCCGCGUCCUCUUCCUCACAACAUCAAACCCAUUUGCUGUUGCAUUCCCAAUUGCAACAGCAGCCUUUGGUGGGAAAUCUUCAUCACCAUCAUCAUCCGCCACAUCAUCAACAGCAGCUGCAGCACCAGCAACAUCACCAGCAGCAGCUGCAACAUUCUACUCAAGUACUCAACAGCAGGCCAGAACAACGAACAUGUGCAAUAUUAAAUACUACGGUUAUAGAGAAAACACAAAAUUUUAAUUUAUUUAUUUCUUAAGAAAAAGAUCAAACAAAAUUGUUAAAAAUUAAUGAAGUUCUUUAAGAAAACCAAAUUGACUUUAGAAAUUUGUUGGAAUAAUGAAACAAUUUUAAGCAAUUAUUAUUAAAUUCCAGCUAAUUUAGUUACUUUUAAUUACACGAAUUCAUGGCAACAUGUAUCUAAACAUGUUGCUUUCAAUUUGUGCAUAAAAGUUGAAUGCGAUUUAAAUUAAAAAAAGUUAUAACUGCUUU